UUGAAUAAUUUUAGAUUUCCAGACAUUUCUCAAGUAUUUAAAAAUCUUUUUGAAAUCAAUAUCUCUGAUGAAAGUUUUGAAAAUGAAACCUCUCAAUCACAACCCCACAAUGUUACAGAUGAAAUUAUUUCUGUUAAAUUGGAAAAGCUAAAUGU